AUGAAGGCUUGGUAUCUGGUUCUUCUUUUAUUAUUAUAUGUGAUAGAAAGUCAUGGGCAACUUCGAUUUGCCAAUUAUUUCUCGGACAAUAUGGUGCUGCAACGUGCACCACAACGUGCUGUAGUUUGGGGGUAUGGUGAUACUGAUGUGAUAACAACGUUGACAAUGAAUAAUAAGAUUUACAAAACUCGAAGUGAAUCCAAGAUCAACGAGAAAGUUGGAGCGAGCAUUUGGUCAGUUACACUCGAUGCUGAGAGUGACGAAGGUCCGUUUGAAGUCGUUGUCACUCAACCAUUGGCGAAUGGAACACUUGCAAGUAUCGCUUUAAAAAACGUUCUCUAUGGUGAUAUUUGGGUUUGUUCGGGACAAUCGAAUAUGCAAUGGCCCGUUAGUCAAGUGUUCAAUGGUUCAACUGAAAUUGCCAAUGCUGGAAAUUAUCCCAAAAUACGUCUAUUUGGUGUAGCACGUGUAGGUGCAGCAGCACCUGUAGAAGAAAUUCCAUCGAUCGGAAUGAAAUGGUCUGUUGCAUCGUCAUCCGUUGUGGGAAAUGGUUAUGCAUCUGCUGUGUGUUGGAUGUAUGGCCGAAUGAUUCAUACAGCUUUGAAUGGAAGGCCGAUUGGACUCAUUAACACAUCAUGGGGCGGAACUGCAAUUGAAUUGUGGAUGCCAAGACAAGCUUUGACUGAUUGUGGAAUUACAAAAAAGAAGAAGGCGAAAAAGGAUAUUGACGACUUUGAAGGUUUAGAAAAAGUCUCGGCAACAAAUACAGAAUUGUACAACGGAAUGAUCUAUCCAUUUACACGUAUGGUCGUCACUGGUGCGAUUUGGUACCAAGGCGAAUCGAAUGCAGGUUACAAUCGUGAUAAAUAUAUUUGUACAUUUUCGAAAAUGAUCACGUAUUGGAGACAAGUUUGGAAUACGCGAACUAAUGGAAUAACAAAUCUACAAUUUCCUUUCGGCUUCGUUCAAUUGUCAACAAACCGAAAUUCAACAAGUUUUGUCGGAGGAUUUCCAUGGAUUCGUUGGUAUCAGACAUUCGGUAUCGGCUAUGUUCCAAAUAAUGUCGUGCCAAAUGUAUUCAUGGCAGCCGCUAUGGACUUACGAGAUGAUCCCGGAGGUAUUCAUCCACGCACAAAAACCGACGUUUGUUAUCGAUUAUCUCGUGCUGGUUUAGCUGUUGCUUAUGGACAACAAGUUGAAUACCAAGGUCCCAUUGUAUCGAAUGUUGUUGUGUCAAGUGCAUCUUCGACAAUUGAAGUUAGUUAUACAAAUGUAACUGCAAUCGAAUUUCGUAAUCCUAAUGGAUUUGAAAUCUGUUGUCAAGGCGCAACUUGUGCAACAAAUGAUAAUGCCUGGUUAUUAGUAACCGCUUCAUCCAAAAGUUCAUUGUCAGUCAGUCUUUCUAUUCCAAGUUCAUGUGCAUCAAGCACAAUAUAUGGUAUCCGUUAUUUAUGGCGUGAAACACCUUGUGAUUUCAAACAAGCAGCUGUUUAUAGUGCAACAGAUGCAAAUCUUCCAUCACCACCCUAUUUGAAAGUAUUUUGA